CCGGUUUACUUCACGUAUCAGCACAUUUUGUUAAAGCUCCAGGGACGGGGCGCUCAAAUGCACCCCUCCAAGCCUCUCUCUCUGGUUUUCGGGAUUCUCCCCGUGCCAUAGCCUCCCCACCCCAAAAAUGGCAGGACUCGCGUCAUUUUCAGCUCUUUUUUUUUUUUCCUUUUCCAAAACGGGGAGGUGUCGGAGGCGGACCCGGCUAUCUCCACUGUCUGCGGAGGGGAAGCGCUUCGUCUAAACGCCAUGGAUCGCUUCGCCUGGACGAGCGGCCUCCUGGAGAUCCACGAGAACCUCGUCACGCAGCAGCGCGGGGUCCGCCUCUACGACGGAGAGGAGAAGGUGAAGUUUGAUGCAGGCAUAUUACUCUUGAGUACACAUAGAUUGAUCUGGAGAGAUCAGAAAAAUCAUGAAUGUUGUAUGGCUAUUCCUCUUUCCCAAAUUAUCUUCAUUGAAGAACAAGCAGCUGGGAUAGGAAAAAGUGCCAAAAUAGUGGUUCAUCUUCAUCCAGUACCUUCCAGCAAGGAGCCUGGCCCUUUUCAGAGUAGUAAAUACUCGUACAUCAAACUUUCUUUCAAAGAACAUGGACAGAUUGAGUUCUACAGGAGGCUAUCGGAAGAAAUGACUCAGCGGAGAUGGGAGAACAUGCCUGUUUCUCAGACCAUUGAGGUUAAUAGGGGUUCACAGACAGGAAGGAUAAGAGCUGCAGGAAUUGUAGGCAUUGAGAGGAAAUUAGAAGAAAGAAGAAAAGAGAUGGAUAAAAAUAUUUCUGAGGCUUUUGAAGACCUCAGCAAACUAAUGGAAAAGGCUAAGGAAAUGGUGGAAUUGUCCAAAUCAAUUGCUAACAAGAUCAAAGAAAAACAAGGUGACAUCACAGAAGAUGAGACAAUCAGGUUUAAGUCGUAUCUGCUGAGCAUGGGUAUAGCUAAUCCAGUUACCAGGGAAACCCAUGGAUCUGGCACACAUUAUCAUAUGCAACUGGCAAAGCAAUUAGCGGGAAUUUUACAGGCACCUUUAGAGGAGCGGGGAGGAAUAAUGUCGCUCACAGAGGUUUAUUGUUUGGUGAAUCGUGCUCGGGGCUUGGAGUUGCUCUCACCCGAAGAUCUAGUAAACGCGUGUAAGAUGUUGGAAGCACUAAAAUUACCUCUCAGGCUGCGUAUAUUUGACAGCGGUGUUAUGGUGAUUGAGCUCCAGUCCCACAAUGAAGAGGAAAUGGUGGCUUCUGCUUUAGAGACAGUCUCUGAGAAGGGGUCCCUUACCGCAGAGGAGUUUGCAAAGCUUGUGGGAAUGUCUGUACUUUUAGCCAAAGAAAGGCUACUUCUAGCUGAAAAGAUGGGCCAACUUUGCAGAGACGAUUCUGUAGAAGGCUUGCGAUUCUAUCCAAAUCUAUUUAUUACCCAGUGAUAUGUUAGUUUCGUUUUCCCCUCCAUUAAAAUAUGUUUGCAACAGGUAGGCUGGAUUUUUAAAAGUCCAAAUGAGCUACCUUUUGCCCGGUUGAUAUUGUGAUGAUACACAAAAAUUUCUUGAGGUGGGGUGGCCCUAUGUUGAAAGAGGAAAAGGGACCGUAAAAGCUUGCAGACAGCAUGUCACAAUUGUGUUCAGGCCUUGUGGACAAAUUGAUAUAGAGGAUUAAGCUGACAUAUUACUGGAAGCCUUUUUUUUAUUUAUGAAGGAAGGCAGUUAAGUGGUUCAGGAAAGGAGGGGAUGUUACUGUGGCCGGCUUGCAAGGGCAGACAUAGCACAAAACAUGCUAAUUGAUUACUUACUUUCCCAUUAGAUUUUUAUUAUGGACUUUGUAUCUGCAACUUCAAAUCAGUUACAGUAUCAGUAGUGUUAAGAGAUUACUGUUGUCAUCGUAAUACAAUCUAGAAUGUUCUUACUCUUUCCAGUUACUACUGAAUAAUUACAUUUGGAAGUACCUACAUUUUAGGGGGGAAACCUCCCAGAGUAUAUUUGCCUAUAACCUUUCUUCAGAGGAAGAAUUAAUCUGUGUUAUGAAAAAUGUAGACGCUAGUGUGUUGCUUUGUACUGAAUAUAGUAUUAAGACAAUAAGCAUUGUGAACUCAGAUUUCCUUCCUUCCAUUCUUUGAUUCUCGGCUCCAUGAUGUUGCUAUUUUUGUCUUCUCUUUUGCAUGAGGGAGGCAUUUUGCCAUCUGCCCUUUUAAAUAGUACAGGGAACUGGUUUUCAUCUUUCUAGUAAAACAGUCAUUCACCUGAGCGCCAGUUCUCUACCUCAGUGGAAGUUAUCACUGUGUUUAUUUCUAUAUUUAAACAAGAAAGACAAACUCAAUUUAACGAGAAUUCCUUAGUUUCAUGUCUCGUGUUCUUAUAUAAUAAUUAUGUAUUACCAAAUAGUAAUCCUAAUGGAGUUGCAUGCUUGUUUUGUGUUCUGGAAGAUGUGUCAUUACAAUGUCUGAUAUGAAUAGAUGUUUUAAGUACAGCUGCAAUAUUUGGUCAAUUAACUGAUUAAAAACUUUUUGAUCAUCUAAAAA